AUGGAGGGGACAGCAAAAUGGUGGUGGAUUGGUGAAAAUCACAACACAUCAAAUUCAUCUCAUUGGCUUACCUCUACUCUCUCUGAGCUUGAUGCAAAGACGAAGAAAGUGAUGAGAGUGAUUGAUGAGGUUGAUGAUGAAGCCGAUUCCUUUGUGAAACGAGCUAAGAUUUAUCACGAGAAAAAGCCAGAACUCGUUGCCAUGAUCCAAGAUUUGUACCGUUCGCACCGCUCGCACCGCUCCUUGGCGCAGAAGCAUGAUCUCUUGAUCAAAACCUCUUCUCUGAAUCCGAGUGAAGAAACGGAAUCUGAAGUGGAUGAUGGUGAAGAAGACCAAAUUGUUGUAUUUGGCGAUGAUGAUGGUGAGACAAUGAAUGAGACGAUCAAGGAAGAGUUAGUGAGACUGGGAGAAGAAAACAGAGUCUACAAAGAGAAGAGAGAAGUGGCUUGGCUGUUUGCAGAUUUAUUUAAGGUUCCUUUUGCUUCCGUUGCUAUUGGGAAAUAUUUUGUUCUCUUCUUUUGCGCUUUUGUUUACCAUUUUCUUUGUAUUCUAUGA